GUCUUUUUCCCUUUUGUCUGUCUUGUGUCAGUUUAAUUCUUAAACCAGCUGGAAGAACUCAAAAGAAUUAUACAACAGCCGUCUGGGUCCGGGUCGGGCUUUGGCUCUCUCUCUCUGAGUCGAAGAAGCCCAGAUGAGUGAGUCCUCUUCCAGAUCCCCGCCGGGAUUUAGAGACGCCCCGGAACUAGUCCCCGGAUGAGGCUCAGAGGCCCCUACAAGGUUUUCAACACUGCCCUCCGUAUACUGCAGACGUGAACUUGAAUGGAUUUAGAGGUUAAAGGCAUUGCUGCUUCUCUUACGAGUCAAACUCAGCCUUUCACUGGAAGAAACAAGCUGCUGCAACAAGGACAGACUUCCAGGUCAUGGGCAAUCCAGAAUCCUAGCCUACCUGUGGUUCCACGACUUGAUUUGGGAAGUCUCGUUGACUCUGAUGAGGAGAAUGAUUUUUCAUACAUCCCACUUAGUACUGCGCAUAUUCAUUUUAACCCACCAAAUUCAUCUUCUGCUCUCAGUUGGGUCACACCAUGUCAAAUAUCACAUACUCAGCAUCAUCUAAAUGAACUGGAGCAAGACAUAAUACCUGAAAACUUGCCAGCACCAACAAGCAAAUAUAAACUAAAAUAUCAGCAAUAUAAAACUGAAGUGAAAGAGGGAUAUAAACAGUGUAGUCAGACAAAUGCAGAAAAGACAAAAUCAAAGAUCACACAACAGUGUCCAAGAAACAAGGUAGAUGACAAGUGUAUAAAAGUUGAAGAAGCCAUUGUGGAUGGUCUUACCACUCUGGAUAGGAAAGCCCUCUUACAGCAGGGUUAUGCAGACAUCCCUUACAAUGCACAAAGGAGUAUGAGAAAAUCUGAUGCUGAAAUUGUAGCUGCAGAGAGGAAGAAACAGACUGUUGCAGAGCAAGUGAUGGUAGACCACUUAUCUAGGGCUGUAAUCAGUGAUCCAGAACAAAACCUAACCGCUGAGAGACAAGAAAGUGCUCGUAUCUUUCCAGAUUCAAAGAUAGCACCUCAUCGAUUUAGGAAAAGAACACUACAUGAAACUAAGAUAAGAACCCAUUCUACAUUAACUGAAAAUAUGCUUUCUCAUAAAGUACAAUUUGAUGGUAGGGUCAUAUCAAGAAAUGGACGUGAUGCUUGCAGAGAGCUGAUUGGGUUCUUUUUUGCUCAUGACCAGUCCCUAACAAUUUAUGAAUAUCGGCAAUUUGGGAAAAACAGAACAAAUGUGCUUCCUUUUAUUCAAAAAAACAUUUAUAGUCAUCAGUGUGGACGAAGAAAAGGAAAACACUACCAACUUGGCGAUUUUUAUGUUGGUGCAAACUUGACAUUUUUGAGUUAUGAUCAUCCCAGACUUCCAGAAAGCAUAAAGGAAAACACAUUACUUAUACUUCGGAUCACUAAUAUUGAUCAGAUGGCUUUGGAUUCUCUCAAAACUGAUUCUGUGGAACAUGAGGAUGAUACCAGCAGUCAAGAAACCAAUGAUAGGCGUGUCUUAAAGGCCAUUCAAGAUGCGCUAAAAGAACAGCUACACAAAAGGGGUGUUCGUAUUUUGACUGGAUUGGGAAAAUAUCUUCAACAAUUGGACAAGGAAGGAACUGGACUUUUAGAUAAGGCAGAUCUUAAGCAAACUCUACAAGUAUUUCACUUAAAACUGUCUGAAAAUGAUUUUGAAUCUGUGUGGCAAAGUCUGAAUGGCAAUGGCAGUGGCAAGGUUGAUUAUGGAGAAUUCAAACGUGCCAUUAUUGGUGAAAUGAAUGAAUACAGGAAAUCGUUUGUUCGAAAGGCCUUUAUGAAAUUGGAUUUCAACAAAACUGGCUGUGUGCCUAUUAUAGACAUAAGAAAAUGUUACUGUGCAAAGAAGCAUCCUCAAGUAAUUUCAGGCCUUUCCACAGAGGAAGAAAUAAAAUUAUCGUUUCUAGAAACAUUAAAAGAUGCCUGCAGCAAGUUGGAUGAAGUGUCCUAUGGUGAAUUUGAAGAUUACUAUGAAGGUCUAAGUAUAGGGAUAGUAAAUGAUGAAGAUUUUGUUAAUAUCGUACGUACUCCGUGGGGGAUUUAGUUUUUUUAGAAUGAGUGUGUCUUCAGCACUAAGCAUUUUAAAGGAGAGAUGAAUUGAAUGUAAAAUAUGGUCAAACCAUGGAAUAUAUUUUUCUAGGACUUCUUUUUUUUUUUUUUUUCUCAAACAGGUUGAGUCUGAUUCUGGAAGGAGAAAUCAGAAAGAGAGCUGAAGGGGUAUGUGUCUGGUCAUGAGCAUGUCUGUGUGCUUGCCUGUCUUCUAAGUGUCUAAAGCUCUAUCUUGUUGAUUCAUUACUUAUCUUGAAUAAUUUUAAAGGUCAUUUUUUAAAUUAGCCUUCAUAAGAAAGUUACAUCUGUAUCAAACUAUAUGAGAGCUUCUAUAUAGUAACCAAGUUACUCGUCCAUUGUUUUUUGGCUACCCAUUCUCCAAAAUAUGAUUGCUGCCCAUUCUCAAUUUGAAGAACUGGAAUUGGGCCCAAAAGCCUGUAAGACUUCAAAUAGUUCAGCUUGUUUCAAACAUAUGAAAAUGUUAAAGGAAUUAGAGGAUAUGCAAGAGAAAUUUUCCAUGCGGUGUAGAUGUUUUCUGUAACAUAAAUAUUUAGAAUGAUGGAAGCUUACCC